GGCGCGCCGAGGGACGCCUCGGAUACAAGCACGCACCCGAUACAGGCGCCGUGGUCCCUCUGACGUACGUGCACACGGGCAUGGACCGGGCGGAGCACAAAGAGCGCGGCGAACGUCCGCUGGUCCUCCUGUUCACGGGAUCACCAGGACACUAUCAGGACUUCAGCUACACCAUCCCUUUUCUGGACAGGCACGGCGCCGACGUUCUCUGCUUCAACUGGCCCACCUUCCUCUUCACCAAAAAGACCGGCUACUGGGGGCACAGCAGUGAGGAGAAAACCCACCUUGCCAUUGAUUUCCUCAAGAAGCUCGACAUAAAAGAGGUCGACUUGCUGGUAAGCCACAGCUCGGGUGCCUACCCUGCGGUCGAGCUGACCGCCGAACAUUCUGACGUCCAAGUGAAGUCCCUGGCUCUCCUUAUGCCCACCACCGGCACCGACGUCAGGUUGGUUGGUGCGCAGAAAGGCAGGAGGGUUUAG